AUGGUGGUGUGUGAUUUUGACGAUGGAGGUUGGCGUGACAGAAGAGGAAGUGUUGUUGUGUGGCUGAGAGGUUCGAUCUGGCACAGAGGAUGCAGUGGUGGUGCGGUGGGAUUCGUCAGCGGCGGAUUCGACUGGGGUGUUGUGGUAGUAUGCGAAGAUGAAGGGGUUUCGGUGAGGAGAGGAAAUUGUAGGCGAUUAGAGGUUCAGUUAGUGGCGGAAGGGAGCGAUGGAGUUAGCUUGCGGAAUUUGGCGCUGGCAGGUCUGUUGGAGUUUGGAGCAACAUACAGCAUGGAUGAUUUUGGGCAUAUUGCAGUAGCAGAAUUUGGAGUGUAG